UCAGGUUUUUUCUGCCCUUCUCUCCUUUCCCAACUAAUAGUAAUGGAGGUCAUCACCUUCUGGCCACCCUGACCCAAAACAUUGUUUCUUUCUCCCGCUAAUUCUAGGGUUCCCCCCAAAUUUUGAAUUGGGGGUUUCAUUCUGUUUUGCCCUAGAAUUUGCUUCCAAAAUCCAAUCCCUUCCACAUCACAAUUGAUGUUCAGCUCUGCAGUUCUUCUUGAUCUUUGAUCAGGCACCAUUGUACCAUCCGCAAGCUAAAAUGGGAAUGAAGUUAACAAAGGAAGAAGCCAUGCCAGCGCCAGGAAAGCUUGAAAGCCUAACCUUACAACACCAACUGGUCAGAUGCCUAAGUAACAGCUUUUACAUCCGUAACUUGGUGUCUAAGCAACGGAGGCGAAUGCUUGUUGCUGGCUAUGAUCUUGACAUGUCUUACAUCACCAACUGCAUAUUAGCAAUGUCGUUCCCUGCAGAGCGGAUGCGUGCAAUGUAUCGAAAUCCUCUCUGGCAGGUCAAGUCUGUGCUUGAUAUGAGGCAUCCAGAACAUUACAAGAUCUACAACCUCUGCAUUGAAGAGCAUUAUGCUCCAUCUCAUUUCUAUGGCCGUGUGGAGAGGUAUCCUUUUGACGAUAACCAUGUUCCACCUCUUGAAAUGGUCAAGCUUUUCUGCGAAAGCGUGCAAUCAUGGCUCAAGAGUGACCCAGAAAACAUUGCUGUUAUACACUGCAUGGCAGGCAAAGGCCGAACAGGCUUAAUGGUAAGCGCGUAUCUAGUCUACUGUGGGAUGUCAGCAGAGGAAGCACUUCAAGUCUAUGCUCAUAGACGGACCACCAAUAAUGAAGGAGUCUCGAUACCAAGCCAACGUCGUUACGUGGGGUACUGGGAAAAUUGUCUCUCUUUCCCUUCGGAAGUCGAUGAUGAACCUCCUGAAGUCAACUUACCUCAGACGUGUAGCAGAGAACUACGAAGAAUCCGAUGUUAUGACACACGUAGCAUUAAUAAGAUCUUCUUUGUGGUCUCUGAGUUGCAAGAGAUUCCGGGUCAAAUUUAUCGUCCAUCAAUAGAAGUUUCUAGAAGUUCAUGCAAACAAAUCAAGAAAGGGUAUUCGAGAACGAGCAGUCCUCGCUAUUAUCUCUCAUUUAUUGAAGGUGAUGAAGAAGACAAGAAAUCAGAUUCAGACGAACCUCGUGUUGUUGUUCAAAUGGAUACAGAAAGUUCCAUACUAUACCAGAAGGCCUAUCUUGAAUAUUACUUUGAUAAGCCUGUACAGGUGACCGGAGAUGUGCGUGUCAUAUUCUAUCAAAAAAUGAAUGGAGGGCGUCUCUUCUACGCUUGCUUCAACACCGCUUUCAUUAAGAACAGCUUGCUACAGCUCACUGUUCGGGAUUUGGAUAAAAUUGGGAAGAAAGGAAGAUCAAUAUGUGGCCCUAACUUCUGCUUGGAGUUGCUAUUCGGUCCUGCCAAUGCGAAACACUCACCCUCAACUCCACAUGAGAAUCAUGAUCAUGACAAUCAUGAUGUGUUAUGAAGGCUUAGAAUGGAUGUGUUCAAGGAGAUUAGUCUAAUGGUGGUUUUAUGACUCGUUAAAAAUUUCACCUCUGUAAUUUUCUCAAGAAUUGAUCCACGUCGCUUGACAAAAGGCUGAAAACCCUGCAGUGUUACAGCUUAACCGUAUAUAUAUAAUGCAUACCAACUCAUUUUCCCUGCUUUCGUGCCAUUUUAUUUUUCCUUGGCAGAAAGUAGUAGGAAUAACAAGAAGUUUUGUAUCAUAGUACUUGUCAUAGUACUCGGAAAGUAAUUUGAAGAUGUAGUUCAUUUUUGGUUUUC